AGUGUCAAACAAAUCCAAAAAGAAUUUCAAUAUCAAAGCUUGCAUUUUGUGUAUCUCUGCAAUGGCUCGUUUGACAAUUCUUAGCAUCAUUCUCCUCCUUCCCAUCAUUUGUGAAGGUUCAUGUUCUUUGAGAGAUCUGUCUAUUACCCAAACCCUAACUGGAGUUAAAGUAGAGGGAAAACCAGAAUGGAUAGUGAAAAUCACCAAUAAUUGUGCUUGUGUUCAAUUGAACGUGAUCUUGAAUUGCAAAGGAUUUCAAAGUGUUGAGAAAAUAGAUUCAUCAGUUUUGAGAAACUCCUCUGGGCGUUGUCUUGUUAACAAUGGUCAAUCUGUCUAUGGAGAAGAUGCUGUUCAAUUUAAAUAUGCUUCGGAUAAACAAUUUCCAUUCACUCCUAUUUCCUCACAGAUUGCAUGUUCUUGAUACUAUGUAGUUUGUCUUACAGAUUAUAAUCCAUUAACAAUACAUUGCCUUUUCAUAUCUUAAAUUUGCUUCUGCAAUGUCAUUUCUAAAAGAGAAUAAAUGGUUACUCUUAAAUUAGAGAGAAAUAUUUGGACUGUUAGAAUCCAUUCUUACCUCUUGACAAAUACAAGAUUCAAAGUGUUAUAUAUUAUGUCC